AUGCAAUCAUCAUCAUCAUCAUCAUCAUCAUCAUCAUCAUCAUCAUCAUCAUCAUCAUCAUCAUCAUCAUCAUCAUCAUCAUCAUCAUCAUCAUCAUCAUCAUCAUCAUCAUCAUCAUCAUCAUCAUCAUCAUCAUCAUCAUCAUCAUCAUCAUCAUCAUCAUCAUCAUCAUCAUCAUCAUCAUCAUCAUCAUCAUCAUCAUCAUCAUCAUCAUCAUCAUCAUCAUCAUCAUCAUCAUCAUCAUCAUCAUCAUCAUCAUCAUCAUCAUCAUCAUCAUCAUCAUCAUCAUCAUCAUCAUCAUCAUCAUCAUCAUCAUCAUCAUCAUCAUCAUCAUCAUCAUCAUCAUCAUCAUCAUCAUCAUCAUCAUCAUCAUCAUCAUCAUCAUCAUCAUCAUCAUCAUCAUCAUCAUCAUCAUCAUCAUCAUCAUCAUCAUCAUCAUCAUCAUCAUCAUCAUCAUCAUCAUCAUCAUCAUCAUCAUCAUCAUCAUCAUCAUCAUCAUCAUCAUCAUCAUCAUCAUCAUCAUCAUCAUCAUCAUCAUCAUCAUCAUCAUCAUCAUCAUCAUCAUCAUCAUCAUCAUCAUCAUCAUCAUCAUCAUCAUCAUCAUCAUCAUCAUCAUCAUCAUCAUCAUCAUCAUCAUCAUCAUCAUCAUCAUCAUCAUCAUCAUCAUCAUCAUCAUCAUCAUCAUCAUCAUCAUCAUCAUCAUCAUCAUCAUCAUCAUCAUCAUCAUCAUCAUCAUCAUCAUCAUCAUCAUCAUCAUCAUCAUCAUCAUCAUCAUCAUCAUCAUCAUCAUCAUCAUCAUCAUCAUCAUCAUCAUCAUCAUCAUCAUCAUCAUCAUCAUCAUCAUCAUCAUCAUCAUCAUCAUCAUCAUCAUCAUCAUCAUCAUCAUCAUCAUCAUCAUCAUCAUCAUCAUCAUCAUCAUCAUCAUCAUCAUCAUCAUCAUCAUCAUCAUCAUCAUCAUCAUCAUCAUCAUCAUCAUCAUCAUCAUCAUCAUCAUCAUCAUCAUCAUCAUCAUCAUCAUCAUCAUCAUCAUCAUCAUCAUCAUCAUCAUCAUCAUCAUCAUCAUCAUCAUCAUCAUCAUCAUCAUCAUCAUCAUCAUCAUCAUCAUCAUCAUCAUCAUCAUCAUCAUCAUCAUCAUCAUCAUCAUCAUCAUCAUCAUCAUCAUCAUCAUCAUCAUCAUCAUCAUCAUCAUCAUCAUCAUCAUCAUCAUCAUCAUCAUCAUCAUCAUCAUCAUCAUCAUCAUCAUCAUCAUCAUCAUCAUCAUCAUCAUCAUCAUCAUCAUCAUCAUCAUCAUCAUCAUCAUCAUCAUCAUCAUCAUCAUCAUCAUCAUCAUCAUCAUCAUCAUCAUCAUCAUCAUCAUCAUCAUCAUCAUCAUCAUCAUCAUCAUCAUCAUCAUCAUCAUCAUCAUCAUCAUCAUCAUCAUCAUCAUCAUCAUCAUCAUCAUCAUCAUCAUCAUCAUCAUCAUCAUCAUCAUCAUCAUCAUCAUCAUCAUCAUCAUCAUCAUCAUCAUCAUCAUCAUCAUGA